UCAGUCUUGAACAUCUCUCCAUGGAAACCAACAUCAACAGUGAGGCAAAGUUGUCGUCUGCAGCUGACUGUGAACAACAUAAAAACUGGAGUACAGGGAUGGCUUCCAGGCAGACGGUGGCCUCUGAGGCUGCACUGAUUCCACUGUUUCUGGGCAAACCGAGGUGCAACAUCACUUUUGUUGUGGACAGUUCAGAGAGCACGAGAGCUGUUCUAGGGUCAGUGAAACGCCUGCUGAUCCAGACCCUGCUGACCAGGGCUUCGCUCAGGGACUCUCUCUUCAACAUCAUGACAUACUCAGGCAAGGUGAACUGCUGGUCCCACCACAUGCUUCCCUGUGCUCCUGACACCGUGUACAUGGCUCUGUCCUGGAUUCACUCCAUCAGCUGCAGCCCCGGCAGGGAUCUCCUGGCCGCUCUGAGCAUGGCCCUCCCUGACCCCGCCUGUCACGCCAUCCACCUGCUCUGCACGGAGCUCCCCGAACAGCCGGAGGCCUUGCUGUCAGCCCUGCCCGCUCUGGCAGCUGGGAGGCCCGUGAACGUCUUCUACCUGCAGGACUCAGGUGGACAGCUGGACAGCAACACUCGAGACUACCUGCAGUGUCUGACCCAGGCCACAAGAGGGAGCAGUUAUGUGAUUCCAGUUGGUUUGAAUGGAGUGCUGGAGCAGGUGGUUCCACUGUGUGUUGUGGAGAACCAAUCAUCAGCGCCAACAAUCUCUCCAGUUAAGUGUUGCUGUCCGUCCACCUCAGUCCCACACAACACGUCAUCACCUCUGCUCAGGUGCAGUCUGGGUAAUCCUCUCCGCCCGGUUACCUCCUGCAUGCUGUCUGGUCAAACCCUGGGCAGUCCAGAGUUCUUCCCAGGAUGCCGAGUGCUGGCCAGGAGGGAGGUGGAUGGCCUCUACUACAUGGGAACUGUAAUACAGCAAGUACAGGGCCGCGGAGGAGUUUGGGUUGUCGAGUUCGACCAUCCAGGACGCGCUGCAUUGGGGGUCGCCUCCUCCCAGAGGCAGCUGGUUUGCUCCCUCGACAUGGUGAUCCACACCAGAGCUCGCACACAUUGUCUGGUACCUGGUGAUGCUGUCCUGUCGCCAUGGGAACCAGAUCUGAUUAGAUAUGGGCCGGGGAGAGUGAUGGCUGCCACAGAACGCAGAGAUGGUUUUGGAGUUGAUGGUGUUACGAGCCUCCGGGUGCUGAUGUGGGACGGCUGUGUGUCUCUGGUUCCUGGGAGCCUGGUUCUGCCCAUUUCACCUUCUCAACAUGACAGAAUAGUCAGGGAGCUCCAAAUCCCGAAAUCAGCCUCCAGUCGCUGCUGCAACUGGCUUUGUGCUCGCAGCUCCUCCUGCACUCCCCAGCUGUUCUGCAGCGACUGGUGUCAGUCUUCUUCUUCCUGCUGUCCAGUCACAAACCACCGGCCAUGCUCAUUUCCACCCAGUUGUAGGUCCAGCUGUGGAAGAAGGGAUGGAUUUGAGAGGGCAGAGCAAGAUAAACAGGUGCACCUCAACGAUACAGAUGUGGGGAAGAGUGACCCUGAGGUGCCCUCCUCCUCCUCCUCCUCUUUGUCUCUUUCUGAGGAUGAGACCAGAGCGACGUUUCCUCCUGCAGUGAAGCUGAGGAGUAAACAACAGCGUCCUCCCUGGAGGUACUGGAGAAGAACUGGGCCAGAGCCACAACACAGACAGCCAGGGAGUGCAGUGCCAAGGAGGACAUCACAACCCGUAAGGUUCAGCUUCCCUGUCCCACAGAUCAGUGCCUCGCCCAAUCACAGCUCUCUGUUUCAGUCACUUCCUGGUGCUAAAGGAAGAAGAGUGAACAUCAGAGAUGUUUUCGGAACGACCACCUUCAAACCUCGACCACCAGUGGGACUGCAGCCUUUCUCUGACAACAAUGCUACUACUGUUUACACAUAAUAGUUCAGUGGACAAAAAACCUCACCAUACACCUAUAUAAAGUAGGUAAAAACAAACAAGAAAUUGAUAAAAAAAAUACUUUAUUUUAAACACACUGAUGCGGCAUUAGUGCAGGUAAAAAUACUGUGCAUUAUAUGAUGUUCUAGGGCAAAAUUUGGACACAAUCUACAUAAUAAAAUACUCAAGUAAAACGCAAUAAAAAUAUGGCUUCUCAAUAUGCAGCAAAUAAAACAUUUUGACAGCAAAAUAAAAUGUAAACUUGCAGAAAUCAGUGUAAAAACAUACAAUAAA